AAUUGAAAACAAAUUUCCAUUUUGUUGUCCCUCCCGCGUACCUUAUCCUUUUCAUGCUCCCUCUUCAAUAAACAGAUCUCUCUCCCAUGGCGAAACACGAGACAAACGAAGGCAAAGCCGCAUUGGUAUGGCGGAAUAUCCCGACCCUCAGAGCCUCUCUUCAAUCUACGCCUGAUUUCUCCGAUGGAUUAUGGAGCAAUAACGCUCAGCUCUCCCGUAUGCCGGUGGCCGAUUGCCGUCGCCUUCGAUGCAAAUUUGCGUGCGUUUCGGUUGUGGAAAAGAGAGACCAACACGAGUUCGCUCCGUCUCUGUCUCAGCUACUCACGCAUCCACAGGCUUUACUUGGUUUGGUGCCCGACAAGGCCGCGGUCUUUACUGCAGCCGCCAUCGCCGGUGCUUCUGCGAAGACCAUGACGGCUCCUCUCGACCGCAUCAAGCUUCUUAUGCAGACUCAUGGUGUUCGAGUAGCGCAAGAAGGCACUAAGAAAGCAAUUGGUUUCAUCGAGGCUAUAACAGCUAUAGGUCAGAAUGAAGGAGUUAAAGGUUACUGGAAAGGCAACCUCCCUCAGGUCAUACGAGUUAUACCUUAUAGUGCUGUCCAGCUUUUUUCUUAUGAAAUGUACAAGAAACUCUUUAAGGGGGAAGAUGAUGAGCUAUCUGUGCGUGGAAGACUUGCUGCAGGUGCUUGUGCUGGCAUGACAUCUACUUUUAUUACAUACCCACUAGAUGUACUAAGAUUAAGGUUGGCAGUUGAACCAGGUUAUCGAACUAUGUCUGAGGUUGCCUUGAAUAUGCUAAAAGAGGAAGGCAUUGCAUCAUUCUACUAUGGUCUUGGACCUUCACUUAUUAGCAUAGCUCCUUACAUUGCUGUAAACUUCUGCAUGUUUGACUUAUUGAAGAAAUCUUUACCUGAGAAUGUUCAAAAGAGACCUCAAACAUCUCUACUAAGUGCCUUGAUAUCAGCUUCCUGUGCUACACUAACGUGUUAUCCUUUGGACACUGUGAGAAGACAGAUGCAAAUGAGGGGCACACCCUACAAGACAGUUUUGGAAGCGCUCUCAGGUAUCAUUGAACAAGAUGGAGUCGUUGGCUUGUACAGGGGUUUUGUUGCAAAUGCUUUGAAAACCCUUCCAGCCAGUAGCAUCAGGCUUACGGUGUUCGACUAUCUCAAGGGUCUCGUAGCUAUCAGUAAAAAGGAGUUCGAGCAAAUAGUUGAAGAUAAUCGCGAGAAGAAAGCCCAAACAAGUAGUUGAACGAUCCUGAAGUUUGUCUCAUUUUAGUGUCUGUAGUCGUUGUUUACUGCAUAUCCAAUUUUGGGAGUGAAAUGCGUCUCUAUGAAAAGCUAAUAUUUUUGGUGUAUGCUAAAGGAUUAGGCUAGAAAUUUUUGAGAUACUAGUAUUUGUUCUUGAGCUGUGUUCUUUAAUUGUAUACUUAUUUUAGUUAAGUUAGUUUCCCAACUUUGGCCUGCCUUCCAACACAUGGUUUAGUUUUAGAUGAUAAAGUACAUCAUGUUCUACUAAGCAUUCAUUUCUGCAUCUAUGAGAUGAAAUUUGAGAAGCUGG